UUCUUAUCCAAUUUGUGACUCAUGUUCAGGUUGAUCUUGAAUUUCGCCAUCAGUCCUUCAUUUUGACUGGAGCUUAUGGUGCUUGGCAAUAUGCAGGAUUCCUCGCGUAUUAUUAUGUCGCUAUGUUUCUCCUAGCCCAGUAAUGGGUUUGGCCGCCCAGGUUUUUUCCCAUGACCUCAACCGCCGACAAGUCUAUAACAAACCCCAUGGCAAAUGUGUGAACUUUGGAGUCGUUUUCCUCAGCAGUAUUUGCCCUGCACCAUACGUCAUUUCUGUGCCUGAUCUGUGUGCGCACUGCCAAAUGCAUUAAUGUAUUGACAUCAACAUCCAACUUCCUCAAACAACAUCAUGUUGGAAGAUCUACCUGCUGAGAUCCUCUAUCUCAUCGCGUGCCACCUGCCCACUGUCAAUGCCUUGGUGCAUCUGUCUCGAACCAGCAGACGUCUGCAUGAAACCAUUGCUACGGAUAACUGGCGGAUCUUUCGUGCCUUUGUGCAGAAACAAUUUCCCGGCGCACAAGUCCCAGGUUUCUGGAGAGAAGCGGCUCAAUCGCUCACGUCCCGCUCACGCGCCUUGGACAAGCAUGCUCUUGUGGGUAGAUUUGUCUAUCCGUCCCAGGCAACCAGGGUCGGAUCUGAAAAGGCGAUCCGUGGCGACAGGCCUACGCUUGGCUAUCGCCCCGCCCUGGACACAUAUGAGACUUGGAACGGAUCAACUUGGAAUGAUCGGCGAGAAGUCCUCGCCUGGGGCGCGGCAGACGAGAUCUUCCUGCGAGUGAAGCAGACGGGCUCGACACCAAAUGAGCAGUGGAUCAUCUUCAGCGAUCUCGAUCAUAUCAGCAGCGUCGACGACAUCUGCGGAUUGCACUUGCUGAGGCCGAGCCAUGCGGCAUACGAAGAAGGCACGGAACAUCUGAUAUUCGCCCGCGCUCGUGGUGAAAUUCACCGUCUCGCAAUUUCCAUUGACGAGCCGUCGCAUGAGUACAAGCAAGUAUUUGAAACGUACGGCCUGGGUGUUGAGCGCACCGACUUGAGCACUGGGCAGAUUUCAAUUCUCGCAGCGCAUCUGAGCAACGGGACCAUUGCGCUGUACAACACGGCUUCGACAAGCCAAAGAGUGUCGGAAUUUACGCGUCUGCAAAUCGACCCAGCGAAGAAGACGCGUAACAGAUACUCGAAAUUCCUCUCAUCCGAUCUCCUUGCCAUCGGAACAGGUCGCAUCGACGAUGCAAUCACAAUCUCGUCCGUCACCAACGAGCGGGUGUCGCAGGAUCGGGAAAUCAGCCUACAUCAAGUAGACUAUGAGAGGUUGAACCCUUCUGCGGCCAUCAAAUCAGAUGUCAACGCCAUUGCGCCUUUGAGCGCUACCGGACAGGUCUUUCUCGCAGGAUGGGGUGAUCGGGCCGUCAGACUCCAUGACCUCCGAUCCCACAAGGAGCACGAAAUGAUCUACCGCGAUCCCACCGACGACAACCCCAUCUACUGCAUCCAUCCAUUCACCCACAACCGCUUCAUCGUCGGCUCCGGCGGUGAAGCCCUUGUCAAGAUCUUCGACCUCCGCAUGGACCGUGGCUACAGCUACCUCGACUCAAAGCCCUCAAUCCGACGCUUCGCCCGUCCACCCCAACCACCCACUAACGGUGGUACCACUCUCACCACAGCCGCCACUACCCGCACUAAAGCCAUCGACAAACUCAACCACCAACUCCACCACCUAUCCCUCACCACCACCCGCAAGGAGGUUUCCAUCUACCUCUCCCACCCAGCCCCAACAACCUACCACCAGCCGCGCAACAUCCAGAACCAGCGUCCCUACCGCGGUGCCAUUUACACCAUGAGCUCCCCCUCUCCCAGCUCCCCGACUGUCUACACCGGCGUCGCCGACGGCGUCAUGCGCCUAGAUUUCGUCGCAUCAGACGAUCUCCUCCACGGCGGCCACGGCGCCUGGUACGCCGAGCCGCUCGCCCUUACCGAUCUGGUGGCAUCAGAACCACAUCAUCAUCAGCAGCAGCAACAACAACAAAAGUCGCGCCGUCGUCGGUAUCCUGCGGACCGCAUCCUCGGUUUAUCCGGAUAUGAGCGUCCGGACGAUCCAGGGGCUAGUACGGCGGUGGUGCGGCUGCGGACCCAGCAGCCGUUCCAGGACGUCACCGACGAGGACAUCGCCAACGAGUCUCUGACUGGUUGGGACCGGCGGUGGACAAAGUUGGGGGAUUUUAGCUCCUGGAGGCCUGCUUUGUGAUUGCGGCCAUGGGCUCUCGGGGUUGGUGGCAGUGGAGUUUGGUACUUGAGGAUCUGUACUGGAACUUGAUUAUGAUUGAAUUGAGCCAGGUUGCAUAUACUACUACAAGCAUUGAGGGUGGUUUCGUCUUGGGCUGACUCGCUGUAUCGCUAGAAGUGCAAAAAAAAACAUACAUG